AUGAUAUUCUUACUUAUCUUAUCAAUAUUGCCUACGAUCGGUGCUAUCCAGUGCUAUUCAGGAAGUCAGCUUCAGAUCAUUGAAUGUCCGAGCAUUAAUUGCAUCAAACAAUCGCUCGGUUUCGAUACGGUGAGAUAUUGCGACGGCACAGGCAUAUCAUCAAUUUGUCAAACAUAUCGAAUAUUUGAAAGUUGUGCAACUAUUCCUAAUCUGGGUCAUAUUUGCUGCUGUUCCAGUAAUCUUUGUAAUUCUGCUCAAACUUCUUAUAUCUCGAUGGCUCUAAUCUCAACAAUUACUAUUUCAUUUCUGAGGAUUCUUUUGUGA